GCGUGUAGGUUGUUCGGGGGAGCUGAUAGACGGCAAGGCUGAGCCGAUGUCACUCCUCUAAUGCAGGCGCAGUGGUAUCAACCCUGGGACGACGUCCUCCAUGCCGUGCAUUGUCGGUGGUGGAGGCCAGGCGAGGAACCUGAAGAAGUUACAAGAACGCAACUAUAAAUGCAUAUAUCGGAUCCUUAUAGGCCUCAUCUUCAGCGCCGCGCUGAUUGGCAGCGGAAGCGCAUUAUGCGCCAAGGGCCACUACCGGUUUGUUGUCCUCGCCGCAGUGGGUGUGUGUGCUUCCAUACCUCUCCUGCUUCUGCUAGUGGCGCAAAUCUGGCAGAACAAACAUCCAUUCGCCCAGAACAGCGCCAGGAAGGAACCGCCUACCUGGUAUCUUGACGAACGUAAUCGCAACUUUCGGCUCAGUCGAUUGCAGAGCGAGAGAAGCGUACCGUACACGAGCGACCUGGAGAUGAUUAAAAUGGAGCGCACCAUACAAUUCGUGAACUCACUAAAAGACAACGACAGUUCCUACUGGACCGGAAGUAUGAACAGCUCCAAGCAAACAAAUGCGAGCACGCCGGAAGCCGACCACAAAGCCCCAUGUACCCUGGAAGCGACCUACCACAGCGACGUUUUGGAGAAAGAAUCUUCAAAGAGCGCCGCACCCGACGAUCAUCCGGACAUCGGUUCUGACGAAGGCAUCUCAAGCGUAACUUCCGUCUCUCCUCCAAAGGAGCACGACAUUCGCGUUCCUUUGGCCAUUCACCCCAUUUGGCCGAAGCGCCUGGCCUCGAUGAGGUCUUGGACAGCUCAAGGAAGGGUGAAGGAAGGGUCCCGACAAAAGGACCAGUUCUCCGGCAUCGGCAAUGGACGCCCCGAAGGUCCACGCGACGUCAUCGUCGAAUCGGUCGUGCAGACUCGUGAUGCUGUGCAGCAAGGGUUCUUGUAACGUUACGGUGCCAUGGGAGGCUCACGUGGACGGCAAAGAGCUUCAUGGCAGUGAACCGGUUAGAGUGGGUACCUCCGAAAAGAGUUUGGAGGGGCUCACUGUUAUUGGCAUGUAUCUGUGUUCCUGUAAAUAUUAGGUUUGCGUGGGAAAAAAAAGGAAGAAUUGAUGGAAACAUUAGUUUUCUUAUUUAGCUACACUUUGCUGACCUGCUCCUCCCGUGUUCCGUGUUUUCACGUUUACAAGAAAACCACCAAAUGUGAAAUGUUCGAUAAAUCAAGAUGCCAGAAAUCAGAAAAAAAAAAGGUGCCGAGGAUAUUGAGAAACGAUACGCUCAUGGUUAUAGUUUCGUUGCAUCCCACGCUCUCGUACAAAAAAAAAAAAAAAA